UUAAAAAAGAAACACAGAGACGGCAAAAACAACAGAAUGAGCAACACAAUCGUCUAUGGAGUCACAAAUGGAGGCAAAGCUAGCUUUCACCACAUUCAGACCAGACAAUCCAUGUCUGAACCUUGUUCUUUCAUUAGCUUCAAAACCCAUCUACUCCUCAAACCAGGCCUGUCCCUGAAAUUUCAUUCCGGGAAUUACAGGACAAGAACAAACGCUUGUGUAGGGAAUUUGUGUGUGGAAGAUAAAGAGUCUUUCUAUGACUUGUUGGGUAUUUCAGAGAGUGGAACUCUGUCCGAUAUUAAGCAAGCUUACAAACAACUUGCGAGGAAGUACCACCCAGAUGUGUCUCCGCCGGAUCGUGUAGAAGAGUACACCAAAAUGUUUAUUCAGGUCCAGGAGGCUUAUGAGACCUUGUCAGAUCCCAAUGGCAGAGCUUUGUAUGACAGAGAUAUGGCCAGAGGCCUACACUUUGCCUACUCUGCUUCCCAGAAAUUCAGAUACAAACAGGGAUUAGAUUGCGAGAAAGAUGAAUGGAGGAAGUGGUGGCAGAUCCAGCUUAGAGAGCUCCAUAGGAGAAGCAAAAAUGGUGAUUCGGCAGAAAACUUGUCAUGGGGGUCUCGAAUGCGCAGGAGAAAUCAAAUUAAUCAUCAAUAAAACAAGAAAUUAUGCAUCGGCUGUUCUGAUUUUGAGCUUGCUAUUCACUUAUGUAAAUAGAUAAUAUAGGUAGGAAAUUAGAACAGCAAAAGUUCUAUAUUAUCAAGAGAAGUUUCAAAAUU